AUGAGUGAUUUCACUUUCGAAUCGGAGAACACCGCUGGAAUCCCACUGGCGAAGUUGUUCAAGGCCUAUGUUAUUGAGGGUGACAAGCUCUUCCCCAAAGUGGUACCUCAUGCCAUUAAGAGUGUCGAAAUUCUAGAAGGUGAUGGUGCCGCCGGAUCCAUCAAGAAGCUCAAUUGUGGUGAAGGAACUGGUGGACAAAGAGAAUAUGUUGUUCAACCACAGCGUGAUGUGGUGAGGGAUGUCAUUGAGAAGAUCAGUUUCGAGACAAAGAUCGUGGCAUGUGGAGAUGGAGGAUCGAUCUGGAAGAGCAAAGGCACUUACUACACAAAGGGCGAUGUUGUUCUUGAGGAAGACGAAGUUAAGACAGCAGAAGAGAAGGGCAAGGAAGUGUUCAAGGCUGUUGAACAAUAUGUUUUGGCCCACCCUUUAAUUCAUACAUAUACAUACAUACAUAUAUGUAUAUGUUAAGCUCCCACUGGUGGUUGUGAUUGUGGGUUUUCAGUUUAUUUUGAAAGAUACUAAGAGUGAAUGUUG